AUGACCUACAUCGAGCAUAUCGUUCUCGUUGGCGAACGGAUCAGCCAUUUCGAAAAAGUUGUCCAGGAAUUUCAUGUGAAAUUAUCUUUGAAGUGGUGUGAGUACAAUGCUUGGAAAUCGUCGUUUCUUAGCAACACAACGUCCGUCAAACGGAAAAAAGCGGGUUCAUUCGGAAAGGUGUGGACUGUUGAAUGCCGUAAAAAGCCCGCUCAGUUGUUUGCAUUGAAGGUCCCCGCUCCCGGAUUUAAUCCUAAACAUAUUGCUAUGGAACUGAAGGUUAUGCGGACGAUAUCAGGCGGGCCAAAUGUUGUCGAGUUCAUAGCCGCGUAUCGCGAAUUAGAUCGAGUGUUUGUAGUAAUGAAUUAUUUCCCUCAUGAUGAUAUUUUCAGCCUUAUUCACAAAAUUCCACUCGAAG